AUGAACCCCUCGGCCACAGACAUAUUUUCUGACGCAGCAACCUUUGGCGUUGAGCUGGAGUUUAUAGUUCUUUUUAGAGAGGCUGGUGUAACCCCCCUGGAACUUGAGAAUGGCAAGCAUAGCCCGCCCACUCAACAGGUACUAGAGGAGCCAUCUGGCUUGACUGGAAACAAUUCCGAUGAUCAUGAAGUUCAUAUGGAAAGGAUCCACUACUUUGGAAACGAGAUUGCGAAAAAGCUAGCUAGCAUUGGGAUACCGACAGUCUAUCGAGAAAAGGGGCAUCCAAAAGACGACAAGGCAUUGGAUCCGGACGACACACACGCCCGACUAGGGGACUUCGAUGAUUUCCGGUAUAAUUCCUACAAGGAAAAUAGUAUCGUUCCCGAGGAGACUAUGAUAUGGACCGACCCAACAGCCAAGGGGAAGCGCAUGGCUGUAAGGCCCCAGACGCCGCCAGGCCAUUUCUGGCUCGGCUUCGAAUUCGUUAGUAAAGCAUAUCGAUACCGCGAUUUCGACACCAUGAAGUCAGACUUCGAUAGUAUCUGUCGAACCCUACGCACAAAUUACCUGAUUAGCGUGAAUGCUGGCAAAGAUUCGGGGUCUGCUUCGAGCCGUUGCGGUACUCAUAUCCAUUGGGGUCUCAGUGGCGCAGAAUACGAUCUGAUAACUAUCAAGAGGAUCCUCACCCUGAUGUGGAUUGUAGAGGAGAAGCUGAUGGGACUACACGCGUCCUGGCGACAGCUUGCCAAUAAGUAUGCCGCACUACUACAGACGGGGACGAACAUGGCAAUGGACAAUGCUCCAAAGCUCCCGAGUUGGAUCGAUGACCUUGGAAAGGGGGUUUGGGUUUAUGAGAUGGAGCAGAACGUCCCACCAAGCAUUCGAGAAUCCCUCCACCAGAACAAGCCAAAGGUCCAGUGGCUAUGGCGUGCUGAGACGGUAGAAGAUCUUGCGAUGUUAGUCGGCGAACCGAAGAAAUCCCGUCGAGCAUCAAUCGGUCUCAUGGAGUUGCUGCCAGCAACCUCGAACUUCCCGGGGAAAGUUCGCCGGAGCCAACUGAACACGAUCGAGUUCCGACACAUGCAGGGCUCGCUUCACCCGACAUUGGUCACCGCUUGGAUCGAUGUCACUGCUGCUAUCAUGCAGCCAUGCAUCGACUUGUCGCCGGAUCAAUUCAGAGACUUGUUGAAUGAUAUUGCAAUCUAUCUUUCUAGCGAAACUUCGACCCUCCAGGGAUUGCUCAAUAAGCUCAAGGUUUCACGGGAAGCUUGUGGCCUGUUUGAAAAGUACGACCAACAGCGCCUAGAUGAAGAAGCCGACACUGAUAUAUCGACGUUCUUGCCGGAGCUAUGA